AUGGCGGACGUCGAAAUGAAGGAAGCCUCCGGAUCUGCAUCCAAGGGCAAGGCCGUCACCAAGGGCUCCGACGGGGCCAGUGACAAGAAGAAGUUCGAAGUGAAGAAGUGGAACGCCGUCGCCCUCUGGGCCUGGGAUAUCGUCGUCGACAACUGCGCCAUCUGCCGGAACCACAUCAUGGACUUGUGCAUCGAAUGCCAAGCGAACCAGGGCUCAUCAACCACGGAGGAGUGCACCGUCGCAUGGGGAAUCUGCAACCAUGCGUUCCACUUCCACUGCAUCUCACGGUGGCUGAAGACCCGGCAGGUGUGCCCACUCGACAACCGAGACUGGGAGUUUCAAAAGUACGGACGGUAG